AUGUCUGGCCAAAUUCCUUUCCAUGUUCAAGAAGAAAUCCUCAAAAGGCUCCCUGUAAAAUCAUUGAUUCGGUUUAGAUCUGUCUGCAAAGCAUGGAGGUGUUUAAUCGAUAGCGCUUAUUUUAUUGCUGCGCACACCGUUGGCAAACAUGAGUGUCAACAACUGCUUAUAAAGUAUGUGGUAGGAGAGGAGGCGCGAUAUGUUUCUAUCGUCGACGAUGACACUUUCCCCCAACAGAGGUUUGUUCCGGCUCUUCCCCUCUCCGUUCAACUACUUAAAAGGUCAUGCUUAGUCGGUAGCUGUAAUGGGUUGUUGUGCUUCGAUGGCUAUUAUUAUGCGCCAAAGAGAUCUCAUUCCAACUAUGAAAAGCGGAUGGUUGUACUUUGGAAUCCUUCAAUCGGAAAAUCGAUUACUAUUGAUGUGCCUGUGACAUAUCAUGUGCAUUAUGGAUGA